GAAUAUAGAGGAUUUGCAUUAUAUUUGAUCAUUUCAGUUUUCCAUUUGAUUUGGUUAUGUUGGACAUUUGCUCCAGCUCGUUAUUUAGAAAAGAUCGGUAUAUAUUAUUAUCCUUCCCGCUGGUGGAGUUUAUCGCUGAGUUGCACUGUAUUAAUGGGUAUGUUAUACACUUAUAUUGCCUUACAAAUGUGGAAUGUUGAAGUAGAGACUUUGAAAUUGGAUGAUUUGAAUACAAUUGUGGAUGAUGAUGCUGUUCUAGAGAAGGAUUUGGAUAAAUACGGUUGGUGUGAUACAAAUGGAGUUUACGAUUUGAGAAUAACUGAUGUCAAUAAAGUGCUUUAU